AUGAUCCUGUCAGCACGACAUCCGUUAACUAAGGCUAUCAUGAUACACUAUCACCAAAGCCAUCUCUACGCCGGACCUCAGCUUCUCGUAGCAUGCGUCCGAGAAAAGUUUUGGCCACUUCGCAUCCGCGAUUUGGCACGUCAGGUGGUGUAUUCCUGCAUAAACUGCUUUCGUUGCCGACCCCACAAUCUUGAGCAACUUAUGGGAGACUUGCCGCCAGAGAGCGUUACUCCAACACUACCCUUUCUCAGCACUGGGGUAGAUCUUUGUGGCCCGUUCCAGUAUCGUAAAAUCAAAAAGGGAUCGCCCAUCAAGUCAUUUGUGGCAAUUUUCGUGUGCCUUGUCACUAAGGCAACCCAUAUAGAGCUUGUCUACGAUCUCUCCACUGCAGCAUUCAUAGCGGCGCUGCAUCGGUUUAUUGCUCGUAGAGGGAAACCAAAUCUCAUCGAAUGUGAUAACGCCAAGAACUUCAAAGGAACGGUAAGGGAGUUGGCUGACCUUUCGAGACAGUUUUACUCACAGCAGCACCAGGGCGCAGUCAUUAACCGCUGUGCCGAAGAUGGCAUCACCUUUAAGUUCAUCCCACCCCGCAGCCCGCAUUUCGGAGGUCUGUGGGAAGCGGCGGUGAAAUCGCUGAAACAUCAUCUCCGUCGAACGAUGGGAAACUCCGUGCUAUCUCAGGACGAAUUCGUAACACUGCUUGCCCGCAUAGAAGCCUGUCUGAAUUCAAGACCCCUUACACCGCUGUCAGCCGAUCCUAACGACUUGGAAGUCUUAACACCGGGCCACUUCCUUGUGCAUCGUUCCCUUACGUGCUUUCCCGAACUCGAUCUCUCUGAAAACCCUCGAAAUCGGCUGGAUCGUUGGCAAGAGAAUCAAGAACUUCUACGGCGUGUCUGGAAACGGUGGACGAUCGACUAUUUGUCCGGACUACAGCCACGUACGAAAUGGACGCGAAUGCGAGACAAUAUCGUUAUUGGCACUAUGGUGCUUUUGAAAGAGGAAAACCUCCCACCGCUUAAAUGGCGAUACGGCAGAGUUACCAACAUCUUCCACGGCCAGGACAACAACAUCCGGGUAGUAGAUGUUCGAACGGCGGAUGGAGAGUACCGGCGCGCUAUUAAUAAGAUCUGUAUUCUUCCUGUGCGCGAACCCACAACCGAUACGAUUGAGGCGGACAGCCGCAUCCCAGAUCUGCAGUAG